UUCAUACCGCUUCCCCUCUGUUUCUUCUUUUCUUCCCCAAAAAUGAAAAUCUUUUGGCAUUCAUUACGAUUUAUAAUUUCAAAAAAACCCCCAAAAAUUUAACAUAAAAGAGGCAAGAAGAUCCCAACCAUUGAAAGAUGCUUUGUAGCAUUCAUCAUCACCGUCAAAUCCAAUGCCAGCAGCAAUGGAUGAACCGUAAUCCUGUACAAGCCUGAAACCCCCUCCCAAAGAAAUGGGAAAAAAACACAACAACCAUGAUCGCCUUUGUUGAAAUCAAGAGAAUUUGAGAUUUUAAAAGAAAUAAAGAAACUGGGUUUUCCUUUUUCUUCAAAUUAUCAUGUCGGAUUUGGUGGCCCGUACAGGUCGGCUUCAGCAAAGGUACGAGGCUGGGUUUCGCCUUGUCGCUGGAUGUAUUCCAUUUAGGUAUGGAAAUUCAAACGAGACAGAUGAUGUAAAAUUUGGAAAGGUGGUUGAGGUACUGAUGAUUACCUCAACUAGCGGACCAGGUCUCUUGUUUCCAAAGGGAGGUUGGGAGAAUGAUGAAACAGUCGAGGAGGCUGCAGUGAGGGAAGCUAUUGAAGAAGCUGGGGUCCGAGGGGAUUUAUUGGAUUCAUAGGAUUUUAUCAUUUCAAGAGCAAAACUCAUCAAGAUGAAUUCAGUCCAGAAGGGUUAUGUAAAGCUGCGAUGUUUGCCUUGUUAGUGAAGGAGGAACUAAGUUCGUGGCCGGAGCAGAGCACUCGGAUGAGAAACUGGCUUACGAUUCCAAAAGCACUGCAAAGUUGCAGGCAUGAAUGGAUGAAAGAUGCUUUAGAGAAUGGCUUUUGUAAGUGGCUUGCACAAAACAAGUGAAAAGUCCUCAAAGUUUCAAUCAGCAUUUUAACUUAAAUGAAGCAUUUGCAUGAAU